AUGGAGAAGCCAUCGCAACACCAAACGAUUGAGGAGGAGGAGGACCAUAUCAGCAAGCUGCCAGAUGACGUUCUCGUCCACAUCCUGUCCUUGUGCCCCUACAGGAUUCUCAUGCCAACGGUGUCGGUUUCAAAGAGGUGGGCGCGCCUCCUCUCCCAACUCCCGGACCUGACCUUCUGCCUGUCGAUGCUUGUGGACACGCCGAGCGAGGAGCGCGUCCAGAGCAUGGCGCGGACGCUCCGCCGCCGGUGCGCAGACCACCACCACACCAUCAAGAUGCUUCGUCUGGUUUACAGGAAGGACGUGGCCAUGGAAUGCCGGUACGCAGACGACAUGAUCGCUCUCGCCAACGCCACGAAGCUGGUUCUCACACCCCACAUGGGCAAGAAGUUCUCACAUGACACGGACGCCGGCGCCUGGUCCCUCCAGCUGCCGCCCGCCACGAUCGAGCUGCAGUUGCUGCCGUUCUCGUUCGCCGUGCUGCCGCCGCGCAUCCACGGCGCCGGCGCCGGCACCCUUCGCUCCCUGACGCUGCUGGGGGCGACCGUGGUGCGCCACGACUUCCCGCUCGCCGCCACCGUGCUCCCGUCGCUGGAGGACCUGCACAUCGGCGAGUGCGCGCUCGCUGCCAGUAUCAGCGUCACGUCGGACACCAUGCCUCGCCUCAAACACCUCCGCUUCACCGAAGUCAGCGUGAAGGCGGAUGUCGCCAUCACCGUGCUCGCCGACGACCUGAGGACGCUCCGCAUGUCAUGCCGCAGGUAUAGCAGGACGGAAUCGCCGUCGGAGCCGCUCUCGUACUUGUGUCACGGGGGCUUCCUAGCCGUCUUCACCAAAUACUCGCUGUUCCGCUUGCGCGCACCCAAGCUGACGGUGUUCGAGUGGCGAUGCUGCUAUGCGGACGAGGUGCGCAUCGACGCCGUCGGCCGCCUCACCGACGUCGCCAUCGAGGUUGCCGCCGGUAGGACGCCGACGCCGAUGCCGAUUGGCACGGAACCCAAGUACGUGACAACACAACAACGUGACAAACUUGUGACCGACAUCCUUCAAGGACUUAUGCCUGGGCUGCAGCCGCGCACUUGGAAAGAUGUAACCAGGUAUAUAUACGCAUAA